AUGAAAGCUAAGCUGGCUGUUACUGAUGGACCACAGGGUGCGUUAGUCCCAGGCUUCUGCAGGACUGCAAAACGACAGCAAGUUAAACUUGUUACAAAGGAGCACGUAGUACGCAGCCAGCUGAUCUACCCGAGUCGGAUAGAGAGUGCUGUGGUUUCUUUUCCUUGCCAUGACUCCAGUCAAGCAUGGUGCCAGAUCAUCAACGUGUCUGAAUCCCGUCCUUCUCUCCUCACCUCUAUGGACAGGACUCUCAAUGAAAUGAACCGGAACAUCUCCACAUCUGCUGGAGGAAGCAAAUACCAGCUCUACGUUGGCUUGGCUUUGGCAAUAGGUUCCAGUAUCUUUAUUGGUUCUAGUUUCAUACUGAAGAAGAAAGGACUUUUGAAACUUGCAGACAAAGGAGUCCCCCGAGCUGGACAGGGUGGUUAUUCUUAUUUGAAGGAAUGGCUUUGGUGGGCUGGAUUGCUGUCAAUGGGAUUAGGAGAAGCUGCAAACUUUGCUGCCUAUGCCUUUGCACCUGCAACCUUAGUUACCCCCCUGGGUGCACUAAGUGUUCUCAUAAGUGCUAUAUUGUCAUCCUAUUUUUUAAAUGAGAAGCUGAAUAUUCAUGGAAAGCUGGGCUGUGUACUGAGCCUGUUGGGGUCAACAGUCAUGGUUAUUCAUGCCCCUGAGGAGGAGGAAGUCAACUCACUAGAUGAGAUGGAAAGAAAGCUGCGAGAUCCAGCAUUUGUUACAUUUGCUGUUCUCCUAACAGUUAUUACCCUCAUGCUGAUUUUUAUCGUGGCUCCAAGGAGAGGUCAGACAAAUAUACUGAUCUACAUUUUAAUUUGCUCAUUCAUUGGUGCCUUCUCUGUCUCAUCUGUGAAAGGCCUGGGCAUUGCCAUUAAACAAAUGCUGGAGCAGAAGCCCGUUUAUCAACAUCCAUUGGUUUACAUGUUGGUGGGCGUGUUAGUGCUCUCAGUCAGCACUCAGAUCAACUAUCUCAACAAAGCAUUGGACGUGUUCAGUACAUCUCUAGUGACACCUAUUUAUUACGUGUGUUUCACCACGAUGGUUGUGACAUGCUCCAUCAUCCUGUUCAAGGAGUGGAGUAGUAUGGAUGUGGGUGAUAUAAUUGGAACGCUGAGUGGAUUCUGCAGUAUCAUCAUUGGCAUUUUUCUAUUGCACGCUUUCAAAAAUACUAACAUCAGCUGGGGUCAGUUGAUAUCCACUGUUGCCAAAGAACCAUCAUUACCACACCAUGAAUAUGAAACCUGCCACACUUUACUGGACAGCAUGGAAGACCCACCUUUGGUGUAUGAGGAGGACAACGUUUUAUUCAGUCAAUGA